AAUAAACUGACUAACCAAAAACACACACCACGAACACAUAAAAUUAAUUUAUUAUUUGUUUAAUUUAUAUUUUUGUGUUUAUUUUUAUUAUUUUUUUUUCAAAAAUAAGUGACCAAUAAAACAAUAAUCACACCGGAAUUUAAAAUCCAUCAAAAGUGAAAACAAAUCUAAUGGAUCAAACAUUGUUUUUGAUUCUGAUCGAUGAAUCAUUAAGUAUGCGUAUGAAACGACAGGAAGUUGUUGAUGGUAUUAAUCGUUAUAUUGAAGUACAACGAGAAAUCAACCCAAAUAGUAAUGAUCGAUUAAUAAUGAUUAAAUUUAAUAAUAAUAUCACAGUAAUGUAUAAAGGCAUCAAUAUCAAUAUGGUAGAACCAUUACGAUUGUAUGAUUAUAAUCCAUCUGGACGUACAGGAUUAUUUGAUGCAGUUAAAUGUGCAUUAGAAUUAGCCGAUGAAAUUCGUAAUGAUCAUGAAAGAGUUGUUUGUAUAAUGGUCACAGAUGGUCAAGAUAAUGCUUCUCAACAGAAUCAAUCGUGCAAGGCGAUACAAAAAAUGGUAAAAAAAUAUGAAAUGAAAAAUGAUUGGUCAUUCACUUAUAUGGAAAAACCGAGCGAAUAUUGGAGCCGAAAAAAUCCAGUUUCGAAAAUUAGUUAUAAAGCUAAACGACCUUGUUAUUCAACAAUGACCAAUACAUCGGCUGUCGCUCAACGACGAUUACGUUCAUCACAAUUACAAUCAGUAGUAUCAAGUUGAAAUCAUUUUUUGAAAGCAUGGUUUUUGAUAUGACUGUGAUAAUUGUUUUUAUUUUUGUUUAAUAAUUUCUAAUCCAAAGUAUUUGUUGUAUUUAUUAAUAACGAAUAAAAAAACAUUAAAUCAAAUAAAUAAUAAUUUUAAAAAAGUUU